UUUAUUAGUAUUUUACAAAAAAUCACACUUGUACGUGAUUGAACCGUUUUCAUAAAUAUACACGCCUACAAAUUUUAUUUUCACUGUGCUAAAAAUUUCAUAAAAGAUUUUCAAAAAUAAUAUGUAUGCUUGUUAAGACCAUCUCCAAUAGUUCACCAUAUUUUUCAUUUUAAAAUAGUGUAACUCUAUAAUAGAGUUGUGAUAUACUCCAAUGAUACUAUAUUUUAGAAUGGAAAAUAAAAUUAUGAACAAACAAAAAAUAACUUAAAAAGAGUAUCAUUGGAACAUUUUUACUUUAAAUUCUACUUUAGAGUGGAAAAAAAAGAAUGGGUUGGAGAUGUCUUAAUAAAUCAAAUUUUCUGAGACUUCAACUCCAUAUAAAAACAUUAAUGAGUUUGUAAUUAAAUUAUUGGACUUCCACCAAGUUAUGCAUUUUAAUUGGCUUUGCUUGAAAACUGCUUAGCUUUGGUAUGAUUCUGUACCGGUUGAUGAAUAUCUAUAAUUUAACCGGUUCCGGUCUAUGGUUUGUUCAGCUUAUUUUCUUUCAGUCCGUAAAAAUCUCUAAACCAAUAAUUAUUCUGCUAAAUUUCGUGAAGAAACAACUAAUAAUAGAAAUUACUGACAACAUUUAUAAUUCAUUUUUUUUAGAAAAUCGAUUUUUUGUUUUGACAUUUGACUUUUCUUGACUAAAUCACAAUCGUCACAAACGCCAAAAGAAUAUUCCGUUACAAAACAUGACGGAUCCAACCGUUUCCCGCCAAGUGAACAGCCCUUUGAAACGUAACGAAAGUAACGGCGAGUUCAAACGUCUCCUACUCCCCGAAACCUCUCAAUCCGACGAUCCCAACGAAUCACCGGCGGAGCCACCGGAGAAUCAGGUACUGACCGUAGAAGAAGAGGAGGGAGAAACCACCUUAGAGUCAGUUCCUCCGUUCUCGUGGGCGAAGCUAUGGAAAUUCACGGGACCUGGGUUUCUAAUGAGCAUCGCGUUUCUAGACCCUGGAAACAUCGAAGGGGAUCUACAAGCCGGAGCCGUGGCGGGAUACUCGCUUCUGUGGCUUCUUCUAUGGGCCACGCUAAUGGGACUUCUCAUUCAGCUUCUCUCGGCUCGGAUCGGUGUGGCGACGGGUCGGCAUCUGGCUGAGAUAUGUCGUAACGAGUACCCGUCGUGGGCGAGGAUACUGCUUUGGUUCAUGGCGGAGGUUGCUUUGAUCGGAGCUGAUAUUCAGGAAGUCAUCGGAAGCGCGAUCGCUCUUCAGAUAUUGACACGUGGGUUUUUACCUAUUUGGGCUGGUGUUAUCAUCACCUCGCUUGAUUGCUUCUUGAUUUCGUAUUUGGAGAAGUGUGGAAUGAGGAAACUAGAAGGUCUUUUCGCGGUUUUGAUCGCAACAAUGGCUCUUUCCUUUGCUUGGAUGUUCAAUGAAACUAAGCCGAGCGGAGAAGAACUAAUCAUAGGUAUUCUAAUUCCGAAGCUCGGAUCAAAGACAAUCAGACAAGCUGUUGGAGUAGUGGGAUGCGUAAUAACGCCUCACAAUGUGUUCUUGCAUUCCGCUUUAGUGCAGUCCAGGAAGACCAACCCAAAGGACAUACACAGAGUUCAAGAAGCUCUCAACUACUACAACAUCGAAUCAACGGCCGCGCUUUUCGUCUCUUUUAUGAUCAAUCUCUUUGUAACCGCGGUUUUCGCUAAAGGGUUUUAUGGAACCAAGCAAGCUGAUAGUAUAGGACUGGUUAACGCAGGACAUUACCUACAGGAGAAGUAUGGCGGCGGGGUUUUCCCCAUACUUUACAUCUGGGGGAUCGGUUUGUUAGCUGCUGGACAAAGCAGUACCAUUACAGGAACUUACGCUGGACAGUUUAUAAUGGAAGGGUUCUUAGAUCUUCAGAUGGAACAAUGGCUAUCAGCUUUUAUAACAAGAAGCUUUGCUAUUGUGCCAACUAUGGUUGUAGCUCUUAUGUUCAACACAUCAGAGGGGUCGCUUGAUGUUUUAAACGAAUGGCUUAAUAUUCUUCAGUCGAUGCAGAUUCCUUUCGCUGUUAUUCCUCUUUUGACUAUGGUUUCUAAUGAACAUAUCAUGGGUGUCUUCAAAAUCGGACCUUCGCUUGAGAAGCUAGCGUGGACCGUGGCGGUGUUUGUCAUGAUGAUAAAUGGGUAUCUUCUUCUUGAUUUCUUCAUGGCUGCAGCGAACGGGUUUUUUGUUGGGUUACUGGUUUUUGCUGGAGUAGUGACAUACGUCAGUUUCAUCAUUUAUCUUGUUUCCUAUAGAAGCUCACAAUCUUCUUCUUGGUCGAGCUUAGAAAUGUCACAGAGAGUUGUUUCCACAGAGACGUAGAAAACCAACAAAAAAUCUGACUCUAGACUUUUUCAGCCCUACACAUACAUCUAAGCAAAGACAAAAGCGGUUUGGUCGGUUUUGAGUUGAUGGUUCUGCUGCAUUUGUGCUCGAUGGCUGGAUUUCAGACAGUAGACCAGUGGUAACUGAGUUGUGAGAUUAGG